UUCCUCCUCGUUCUUGUGUGCCCUUACGUGGUCAGUCAUGGGGAGAGUUUGGUGUGUGUAUGCGUGAGUGAGCGUGUGUGUGCGUGGGAGGGGGCAGAUGGCAUAGCUCUACGAACUGGCAUCACAGCGGGUGUGUGUGUUGUGUGGGGUGUGUGUGUGUGUGGGGGGGGGGGGGGGUAACCUAGAGGGACAGGACACAAGGACAUUUCUCUGGAACUUUGUCCUUGCCCUUGGCCCAUGUCAGAACCAGUCACGCCUGUGUGUGUUUGUGCGAUGCGUGCUUGCGUGCAUGCGUACGUGCAUGCGUGUGUGUGUGCAUCAGUGUGUCAGUCAUUCAGAUGGACAGAGGUGAUAAACGAGUGUUAGAAAGGAGGAUGUUUGUCAUCUGGCAGCAGUGCUAUGGGGGAAUAGAUGGACAGAUGACGGGUGGAUGAGGGAAAAAAGAGAAGAGCGAGGGAAGGAAGGAAGCGAAGUGUGGAAGAGGAGGGAAAGAGGGAGUGGAGGAAAAGAGGACAGGUAAGACGGGGUGUAUAGCAAGAAGAUCUCACAGUUUUACCAAUUUGACUUCAGAUUCUGACGUUGUGUAUGUGGUUGUGUGAGAGAAAGAGAAAGAGAGAAAAUAGACAGACCCUGAGUAGAAAAAUCUUGUCUACACAAUAUGGCAUUUACAGGAAUGUUCUGAUAAUAUUUCCCCAUCUUUGGAUGACGUCAAACACACGCACAGGGAGUGUGUGUGUGUGGACGUGUUUAACUAUACUUGUGGGGACCAGAAUUCCCCACAAGAAUAGUAAACCAAUAGAAAUUUGACCAACUGGGGACAUUUUGUUGGUCCCCACAAGGUCAAAUGCUAUUUCUAGGGGGUUUAGGAUUAAGGUUAGAAUUAGUGUUGGGGUUAGAAUUAGGUUUAGGGUUAGUGUUAGGAGAUAGGGUUAGGAGCUAAGGUUAGGUUUAGCGUUAGGGUUAAGGUUUUUGGGUUAGGGUUAAGGUUAGGGUUAGGGGUUAGGGAAAAUAGGAUUUUGAAUGGGACUGAAUUGUAUGUCCCCACAAGGUUAGCUGAGCAAAACUGUGUGUGUGUGUGUGUGUGUGUGUGUGUGUGUAUUUGUAAAAGAGACCUAGGUCUCAAUUUGUCUUCUCUGUUAAAAUAAAGAUUAAGUAAAUGUAAGAGUGCCAACAGUUCUCUGACACAGCCAUUAGAUAAAGUACACUGUAUGGCUGAACAGUAGAGGGAGUGAGAGAGGAUACAUUUUUUGGUGAAUGAGAAAAUAGAGUGAGAGAGAUUUUCAGAUGUUCGACCCCACAGAACUCUCGACAUGUAUUGUGUGUGUGCGUGCGUGUGUGAACACAGAUUUAAUUUUGGAUCCUGUAGGAUCUACAGUUUCCUAUCUGCCUCAUUGACCCUUCUGUCUUUCUCGUCUUUCAGAUUUGGACGCCAUGUUGGGGCCGCAGCAGUUCAGGGGCGUGGCCAACUUUAGCACCUUUCUAUUGGACCGUUCAUCUGGGGUUCUUUUCCUGGGUGCGAGAGACGCCAUACUGGCUGUGGAUACAAACAACCUGGCAAAGCAACCACGCACGGUGAGGGAGGGAGUGUUUGUUUGUUUGUGUGUGUGUGUGUGUGUGUGUGUGUGUGUGUGUGUGUGUGUGUGUGUGUGUGUGUGUGUGUGUGUGUGUGUGUGUGUGUGUGUGUGAGAAACUGAAAUACCUUGAAAUGUGUCUUCUCAUCUGUGCUUGUUUCUCUCUCCUCCUCCUCAUUCUCUCUCUCUCUCCUUCUAUCUCUCUGUCUCUAUUCUUUCUCUCUCUCUCUCUCCUAUCUCUCUCCUCUCUCUCUCUCUCUCGCUCUCUCUCCUCUCUCUCUCUCUCCUCUCUCUCUCUCCUUCUCUUUCUCUCUCCUUCUCUCCUUCUCUCUCUCUCCUUCUCUCUCUCUCUCUCCUUCUCUCUCUCUCUCUCUAGAUCAUGUGGGAUGUUCCUGAGGAGAAGAAGAGGUCCUGUGUGGCUAAAGGAAAGACAGAGGUGAGAAUUUGUUUUACCCCUCAACAUUUUUAUCACAGUGCAAUUAUCACAAAACAUAUUAUUGAUAGGCUAGAUGAUAGGCUAUAAAGGCCUGGGGAAAGUUGUGUAAUUUAAAUAAAACCAGAGAGGAAGAGGCGAACAUUAGGCUACUUUGGUAAAUUUGCGAGGCACUGCCCAUUACUGCUUAUCACUUAUUAACCAUCAUUUAUUCACAUUAUUUUACUUUAAUAAAAUAUUUUAGUUGUUGUGUAUAUUAUAUUCAUUUUAUUUGCUGACUUUUUUAUUUCAUUCCAAGUCAUCACCUCAUCUCUAUAGAGAUGCUGUCUGACAAAAUCACUAUUUUAUGACUGCAGAAUACCAACUAUCAAUCACUUAGGUCACAUAUUUUCAGGUAGGGAUACCUUACGGAGCAACAGCUGCUCUCUAUAUCCCCUCACGGUCUUGCAUUUUUCUGUGUGUUCCGUAGCAGGUGUAAAAGAAACACAGACUGGACAAGUGGAUUAUGGUCAUUGUAGUUAAUUGCCAAGUUUUAUGCGCUAACUAUGUAGAAUAUUGGCCUGUUGGAAACUACAACUCCCUACUACAUUGCACAGUUCAGUCUGGAUCUGAUUUAUCUCUGUGCAAUGUGUGCAUUGAACUCACAUAAAAAACUGAAUGAAAUGGAAUUCAAAUAAUUGUGUGUGUGUGCGCAUACGUGUGUGUGUGUGCGUUCACAUUGGCUGUUCAGAACUACCACCAACCCUGCCAACUUCAACCCCCCCUCUCCUCCACCUCCAGUCUACAUCCCAAAUGCCACCCUAUUCCCUGUAUAGUGCACUACUUUUGACCAGGGUUCUGGUCAAAAGUAGUGCAUUAAAUAGGGAAUAGGGUGGCAUUUGGGACGCAUACCUAGUUCCCUUCUCCUAUAUUCACUAGGAUUGCAAGUGCAUAUCUAUGUCAUGGUGGAGAAUAAGAGGGGGGUUGAGGUUGGAGGGGUUUGACACACACUAUUGAAAAAGGGUUUUAUGUCAUGGUAAAGGGGUUGAGGGGUGGGCUAAGGUUGGGUUGAUCAGUUGGUGGUCUUUCUGUAGCAGAGUGAGGGGGGGUGGGGUGGAGGAGGUCUUAUGACUUUCACCAAUGGGGGCCCUCUGGUUUCUUAUCGGAACCAUCAGUGGUUCUAGUGUUCAAGUGUUCUCAGUAUAGUCCCAGUCGGUAUAAGAUAGAAUGUCGCGGCCCCUUCCCGCCUGUGGGGAAAACAACCUGUGGUUCCCUAGGUUACCUCAAUGGCUCAGAACAAAUACUUGACUGGUUUCAAAUGUAAUGUUCUUGUUGUGAGCUUGUUUUAGUCAAUUACAAAACUUCAUUUAAGAAAAGAACAACAUGUCUAAGGAUUACUUUUCAACACUGCCUGCUCACGAGUAUUCUCACUACAUAGAAAAACAUAAUAUUGUAGGGCUUUCCUCAUGCCCCUUUUCAUGACGGUGCUAGCAGCCACGUGAGUGAGUGCUAGCUAGCUGCCGACCGGAACAUUAAGCUAGCCAAGACCAACAACACAAACAGACUAUACAGCUACAAGUAGUGAGUGGAAUUACAAACGGACUAUACUAAACAAGUUAAAUGUCUUACCUGUGAUUAAAUGUUUUCCACACACAUAACUAUGUGUAGCCUACUUGAACACCGGGUCCCCACAUUUCCCACUCUUCCACGCCGAAUAGCCUGAAGCCACAGGGCUCUUCUCGCAGGCUCUAUUUCCCUACGUGGGAGCAUUGCGAACCAUAGGUCGGGAUUUUUUUUUACCUUGUUACAUGUAUAUGGAACAACACAGAAGCUUUUGUUAUUUCUGAAUAAACAAAACAUCUACAACGAACUUGGCUCUUUUACAAUGGGGGUCAAUAGGAAGUAAUGUUUGUUUCCCCAAUUUGUGGGCUUGGUCGAGAGGAAUUCCUUAUUAUUACGUGAAUAUCAACUUGGAGUAUAGAUGCGGUAAAGAUGUCAAUGGAACUCGACCCAAACAAUGGAAAUGCCAUGGAAAUGCGUGGGGAAAGAUGCUCAUUUCCUCCCAGCAAAAUGGGCCUACCUUUAGGCUACUGUUUAUAUAUGUGUAUUUCACACUAUGUUGAGGUAAAAAUCUGAGUAUAAUGCUUGUAUGGAUGUCAACCCCAAUACAUGUUCAUGUCAUGGUCACCAAUCAACUGCAUUGCAGUUAAAAACUACUUUGAAUACCACCACCGAUUUCUGUAUGCUAGCUAUGCUACCAGCUUAUACGAACGGGAGUUAGCAUUUACAGUAGCAGUCACUUCUUCUAAACCUGAAAAAGAACAACUUCUAAAUGUUAUGCAGCGAAAACAGCCAAAUAUAUCCAAAUCAGACUUUAUUAACCAAAUUGUGGGCCUGUUACAAUACAUCAAUCAUGACGUAUUUGACGAAUAUCCACUUUGUUAGAUCAGAGUUGUUGAAUGUGCGCCAAUCCGACACCCUUCUUCUACCCCCCACAGUCUGCGUUCCAUUCACCUCUUUACUGCAUCUAUUCUGCCUCUUUUAUAGGGGCAAUCUGCAGAUUAAAAAAUAACAAAGUGAAGAGUUCAUGUCCAAAACGCUAUAUCCACUAAUUUUCACAUUUGUGUUUUUCCAUCAGAAAUGAUUGCUUAUGGGUACCUUCAUCUGUGUAAUAUAUUACUGAUGUUUUAAUUCAUAGGUUUUAGGGGCCAAAUGCUAUAUAUCCAUUGUUUAUCUGGAAUGGAAUGUUCGUAUCCUGUAUAUUUGACUGUGAUAUGUGGUUGUCUUACCUAGCUGUCUUAAGAUUAAUGCACUUACUAUAUUAUUUGUUACAUUUGACUGUGUAAAACAGCUGAGGGAUGGGGCUGGAGAAAUGUAUCCACUCUCAAAUUCAUAGACGGAGCUAUGGAUGCAAGGACUGGCCAUCCAUGAGAUCAAACAUUGUCGGUGUGCCCACUUUGUUAUUGUUUGAACUGUAGAUUGCCCCUUUAACUACAGUAUUAAAGUACAAUACAUUAGAACUAAUUAAAAUUCUGUGGUGAAAUAUGAUUGUAAUUUCACUCAUCCCCCUGUCCUCUGUCUCACCCUAUAGGGUGACUGUAAUAACUACAUCCGCCUGCUGGAGUUUCUGGGAGACGGGCAGAUCUACGCCUGUGGCACCUAUGCUUUCGACCCGCAGUGUGCCUUCCUGGUGAGUGUGUGUGUGUGCAAUGAGCUGCAAUCGAACCCUUCUGACAUGCUCCGACACUCGUUCACACUCGUUCACACACCAAAGUGACAGGCAGAAAAACACACACACAAACACAAACACAAAUCAAAUCAAAUGUAAUUUGUCACAUACACAUGUUUAGCAGAUGUUAUUGCGGGUGUAGCGAAAUACUUGUGCUUCUAGCUCCGACAGUGCAGUAAUAUCUAACAAGUAAUAUCUAACUAUUUCACAACAUAUACCCAAUACACACAAAUCUAAGUAAGGAAUGGAAUUUAAGAAUAUAUACAUAUAUGGACGAGCAAUGACAGAGCGGCAUGGAUUAAGAUACAGUAGAAUAUUAUAGAAUACAGUAUAUACAUAUGAGAUGAGUAAUGCAAGAUAUGUAAACAUUAUUAAAGUGACUAGUGUUCCAUUUCUUAAAGUGGCCAGUGAUUUCAAUAGGCAGCAGCAGCCUCUAAUGUGCUAGUGAUGGCGCGCACACACACACACUCCGUUUGACAAACAUUGGAUUGACAGGUACACACAGAUACGUUCGUACAAAAACACAUACAAGCAGACUCCAUGUUAGAGACAGAUAAAUGCACGCACGCGCACACACACGCACACGCACGCACACUUGCACACACAGAAGAGAGAGAAAGCAAGAAGGAUUUAUCUUUCUUUCAUUUUUUUCUUUCAUUAUUUUGUUCAUUCUUUCUUCUUCCUUCUCUUGCUGGCCUCUUAGAAUGAUAACCUCAUCUCUUUGUUUUUUUCUCUCUUUUCUCAUCCCUCUCUUUUCUCUCUUUCAGAACAUGUCUUCAUUCUCUCUGGAGCGAUGGGAGGAUGGAAGGGUGAGGAUGGAGACAGGGAAAGGGAAAUGUCCCUUUGAGCCCAGCCAGCACUAUACAGCUGUCAUGGCAGGUAAUAACACACACACACACACACACACACACACACACACACACACACACACAGGUAAUAUACACAUUGAUUUUACACACACUAGCUAACAAACACAGUGGCCACCCUGAGGUUAGCGUCUUAUCCAGGGACAUCAAGCUGCCUCACGCUACAAAAACAGGAGAUUGGCCCAUAGGGCAGGAGCCGUUCUGGCUCAGACAAAGCUUACUUACUUUACACAUACUAAUACACACGCAGAUAUGCCUACAAAUAACCCUCUCUCACACACUCUCAAAUCAAAUUAUAUUGGUCGCGUACACAGUUUAGCAGAUGUUAUAGCAGGUGCAGUGAAAUGUUCAUGUUACUAGCUCCUAACAAUGCAGAUGUCGUAUCGGGUGAAUGGUGGCAAUUAUUGCUGUCAACAAAGAGUCCGCUUAUGCUGCACAAUGAUUAGAGGCUUUUAUUAAUAUCACAAGGUUACAGCAUAAGUUACAGACCCGCGGUGUCUGGAGAACGGCGUCCCAGAUUGCAAUGGCCGUUCUGCCUUCUCCUUCGGUUUUCCCCCUACUUAUAAACAAUGCAAAAAGAUGCUCCCUCUUCUGGCCAAUCACCAGUCUCCCCUGUCUACAACACACUUCCUGUCUGUUGUAUGUGACGUUACACUAAAACAUUCCCUCUUGAUACUAAAAUCAACAUUCUUUCAGUUCCACUUAAAAAACAUUUAACAACGUCAUAAUCUCAAUACACGACACAGACAAAUGUGAAACAGUAUAAAGUACACAAAUAAUCAAAAAUGUAUAGGAAAAAAACAAGAAAUCAAGAAAUGUUGGAACGAAUCCAAUUAACAACCCCAAUAGCACUGUAACAGUAAUCCAAAUGCAGUCUAUACGUAUAUACACCGGAUGAAUUUACACAAGAUAUACUAAGAAUUAUAUGUACAGCAGUAGAUAUAUUAGGGUGAGCUAUGUCAAUAAUCCAGUAUAUAAAUAAAUAUGCUGUGUAUAAACAGUUCAACCAAAAUGCAAUGUACAGAAGUAGUAAUAUUAGAACACAGCAUUAAAAACCUCAUGGCAAAAUGGAUAGAAUUGCAGGAAAUUAACUUCCGGACCAGAGUCCGGAAUAUAAAUAUAUGUACCCUCUCUCUCUCGCUCUCUCCUUCCCUCUCUCCCUCCCUCCCCUUCUCCCCCUCCCCUUCUCCCCCUCCCCUUCUCUCUCUUUCUCUCUCUCUAUCCCUCCUGCUCUCUAGAUGGUAUCCUGUACACUGCCGCCACCAGUAACUUUCUGGGAACGCUGUUCGAUAUCUCCCGGGCCACCGGUCAGGAGCAGGAACGGAUCCGCACCGAGAGAUCUAUUAACUGGCUCAGUGGUGAGAGGAUACACACAGGCGCAGACACACGCACGCACGCGCGCACACACACACACAAACACACAGAGUGUGCAGACACAACACACAGGUGCAAUGCAUAGAUGCACACGCACACACACAGACCAGCAGCACACAGAGACCACCAGCAAAUGCACAUGCACACGCACAGACACACAGACACACACACACACACACACACACACACACACAGUGCUUCACACACUCCCACACACUUGUUUCAUACGUCUCUUUCGCGCUCUCUCGCUCUCUCUCUCUCGCUCUCUCUCUCUCUCUCUCUCUCUCUCUCUCUCUCUCUCUCUCUCUCGCUCUCUCUCACUUUGUUCAUACCUGUGUGUGUGUUUCUCUCUCUCUCUGCAGACCCAGAGUUUGUGUCCUCAGCAUUCAUACAGCAGGAUGAAGACACCAACCCAACAGGAGACGACAACAAGAUCUAUUUCUUCUUUACCGAGGUCGCCAAGGAGUAUGACCUCUACACUAAGGUCAAAGUUCCCAGGGUCGCACGCGUUUGCAAGGUGAGUGUGGGGCAUGGAGUGGGGGUGGUGGUGGAGGAAGGGGGGGGGGGUGUGAGGCGGUUGGUUGUGUGUGUGUUUGAGCUUGCAUGCGUUCUUAAUACUCUUUCUUCAUUUGUCGAUCCCACUGCUUCCCCACCCCCCCCUCUCUCUAGUCUGAUGUAGGUGGUAUGAAGACAUUGCAGAGACGUUGGACCACCUUCGUCAAGGCUCAGUUGGUGUGUGAGAACAGAGCCAGCGGACAACGCUACAACAUACUGACAGAUGUCUACACAACCCAACACACAUCUGGCGAUCCAAGCUCUACGCACUUUUAUGGGCUCUUUACUUCUCAGUGGUAAGUAUGAAGGGAUGGAGAAGGAGGUAGGGAUGGAGUACUUGUGUACUGCUCUUGUUUACACACCUCUUUUUUUUUUUACCAAAAUCAAAUCCUUCUCUCUUUCUUUCUUUCACUCUCUCUUUUGCUCUAUUUUUCUCUCUUCUGUGUAUAUACAGUACCAGUCAAAAGUUUGGACACACCUACUCAUUCAAGGGUUUUUCUUUAUUUUUACUAUUUUUUACAUUGUAGAAUAGUAGUAUAGACAUCAAAACUAUGAAAUAACACAUAUGGAAUCAUGUAGUAACCAAAAAAGUCUUAAACAAAUCAAAAUAUAUUUUAUAUUUGAGAUUCUUCAAAUAGCCACCCUUUGCCUUGAUGACAGCUUUGCACACUCUUGGCAUUCUCUCAACCAGUGUCACCUGGAAAGCUUUUCCAACAGUCUUAAAGGAGUUCUCACAUAUGCUGAGCACUUGUUGGCUGCUUUUCAUUCACUCUGCCCUCCGACUCAUCCCAAACCAUCUCAAUUGGGUUGAGGUCGGGGGAUUGUGGAGGCCAGGUCAUCUGAUGCAGCACUCCAUCACUCUCCUUCUUGGUAAAAUAGCCCUUACACAGCCUGGAGGUGUGUUGGGUCAGUGUCUUGUUGAAAAACAAACGAUAUUCCCACUAAGCCCAAACCAGAUCGGAUGGUGUAUCGCUGCAGAAUGCUGUGGUAGCCAUGCUGGUAAAGUGUGCUUUGAAUUCUAAAUAAAUCACAGACCGUGUCACCAGCAAAGCACCCCCACACCAUAACACCUCCUCCUCCAUGCUUUACGGUGAGAACUACACAUGCAGAGAUCAUCCGUUCACACACACGGCCUCUCAUAAAGACACGGCGGUUGGAACCAAAAAUCUCCAAUUUGGACUCCAGACCAAAGGACAAAUUUCCACUUGUCUAAUGUCCAUCGCUCGUGUUUCUUGGCCCAAGCAGGUCAUAUUGGCGUCCUGUAGUAUUGGUUUCUUUGCAGCAAUUAGACCAUGAAGGCCUGAUUCACACAGUCCCUUCUGAACAGUUGAUGUUGAGAUGUGUCUGUGACUUGAACUCUGUGAAGCAUUUAUUUGCGCUGCCAUUUCUGAGGUUGGUAACUCUAAUGAACUUAUCCUCUGCAUUAGAGGUAACUCUGGGUCUUCCAUUCCUGUGGCGGUGCUCCUGAGAGCCAGUUUCAUCAUAGUGCUUGAUGGUUUUUGCAACUGCACUUGAAGAAACUUUAGAAGUUCUUGACAUUUUCCGUAUUGAUUGACUUCUCUUUGCUUAUUUGAGCUGUUCUUGCCAAAUAGGGCUAUCUUCUGUAUACCCCCACUACCUUGUCACAACACUGAUUGGCUCAAACGCAUUUAGAAGGAAAGAAAUUCCACAAAUUAACUUUUAAGAAGGCACACCUGAUAAUUGAAAUGCAUUCCAGGUGACUACCUCAUGAAGCUGGUUGAGAGAAUGCCAAGAGUGUGCAAAGCUGUCAUUAAGCCAAACAGUGGCUAUUUUAAGUUAACUUUUUUGGUUACUGGGUCAUUCUACAGAUUCGGUGCCUUUUGUGAUUGAGGAGGAUGAAACAAUGAACAUUAAAAUCUUAAGCUUUUUUUUAUUUGAUGUGACAAAGUAAUGUGUGUACUUGAUAGAAAAUACCUUUUCCCAUCUCAAUGUAGAGUAUUAAGUUAUUAUUCUGUAUUAUUUUCUCAAACAAGUCCCAAUUUAAUUCAACCCCGUCACAGUCAUUUUGUUAUUCAACUAUUCAUUUUUCCAAUAAGCUUGAGAUCAGCUUCUGGCAUAAUCUCACAGUUUAGAUGUCCCUUGUAAAUAAUGGCAUAUUGUAAUUAAAGAGAAAAUCAAGAAAAACUGACCAGCACCAUCCUUUCCAGUUUACGAUGAAGAAAUUUCUAAUCUAACUCCACAUUUUCGCAAGAAAUGUGCAAGAAUGCUGCGUAAUUCCUGACAAAAUUGAAAUAGCCUUAUUUACCCUGAAUUAAUACACACAAUAAAAACACUAUUGAUGUUAUAUUUUGUGUAUUUAAUACAAAAAUGUAAAAAUAAUAAUCUCGUAACAGGGAUGAAUGCACCGCAACAGGGUUGAAAAUCAUGUAACAGGGUUGAGUGAAAAGCAUCACGUGUCAUAUGUUUUAUCUUUUGAGAUCACUAACAUGUUGCCAUUUUUAAAACAUUUAAAACAUUUUUAAACCUACUGUCAACAUAGCUUUUAAAAUCUAAAGAAUCUAGAUGAAAGCUAGACAGAGUAAAACACAUUCAUGAACAAAUAACAGUAACAACAUUUCAUUGAUUUCAUAAAAAUAUCCAUCUGAUAAUGGCAGGAGUCUGUUUGAACAUUGAGCAAACAUCUUAACAUUGAUAACCUACAGUGAGGGAAAAAAGUAUUUGAUCCCCUGCUGAUUUUGUACGUUUGCCCACUGACAAAGAAAUGAUCAGUCUAUCAUUUUAAUGGUAGGUUAAUUUCAACAGUGAGAGACAGAAUAACAACAAAAUAAUUCUGAAAAACGCAUGUCAGAAAUGUUAUAAAUUGAUUUGCAUUUUAAUGAGGGAAAUAAGUAUUUGACCCCCUCUCAAUCAGAAAGAUUUAUGGCUCCCAUGUGUCUUUUAUACAGGUAACGAGCUGAGAUUAGGAGCACACUCUUAAAGGGAGUGCUCCUAAUCUCAGCUUGUUACCUGUAUAAAAGACACCUGUCCACAGAAGCAAUCAAUCAGAUUCCAAACUCUCCACCAUGGCCAAGACCAAAGAGCUCUCCAAGGAUGUCAGGGACAAGAUUGUAGACCUAUACAAGGCUGGAAUGGGCUACAAGACCAUCGCCAAGCAGCUUGGUGAGAAGGUGACAACAGUUGGUGCGAUUAUUCGCAAAUGGAAGAAACACAAAAUAACUGUCAAUCUCCCUCGGCCUGGGGCUCCAUGCAAGAUCUCACUUCGUGGAGUUGCAAUGAUCAUGAGAACGGUGAGAAAUCAGCCCAGAACUACACGGGAUGAUCUUGUCAAUGAUCUCAAGGCAGCUGGGACCAUAGUCACCAAGAAUACAAUUGGUAACACACUACGCCGUGAAGGACUGAAAUCCUGCAGCGCCCGCAAGGUCCCCCUGCUCAAGAAAGCACAUAUACAUGCCCGUCUGAAGUUUGCCAAUGAACAUCUGAAUGAUUCAGAGGAGAACUGGGUGAAAGUGUUGUGGUCAGAUGAGACCAAAAUGGAGCUCUUUGGCAUCAACUCAACUCGCCGUGUUUGGAGGAGGAGAAAUGCUGCCUAUGACCCCAAGAACACCAUCCCCACCGUGGAGGUGGAAACAUUAUGCUUUGGGGGUGUUUUUCUGCUAAGGGGACAGGACAACUUCACCGCAUCAAAGGGUCGAUGGACGGGGCUAUGUACCGUCAAAUCUUGGGUGAGAACCUCCUUCCCUCAGCCAGGGCAUUGAAAAUGGGUUGUGGAUGGGUAUUCCAGCAUGACAAUGACCCAAAACACACGGCCAAGGCAACAAAGGAGUGGCUCAAGAAGAAGCACAUUAAGGUCCUGGAGUGGCCUAGCCAGUCUCCAGACCUUAAUCCAAUAGAAAAUCUGUGGAGGGAGCUGAAGGUUCGAGUUGCCAAACGUCAGGCUCGAAACCUUAAUGACUUGGAGAAUAUCUGCAAAGAGGAGUGGGACAAAAUCCCUCCUGAGAUGUGUGCAAACCUGGUGGCAAACUACAAGAAACGUCUGACCUCUGUGAUUGCCAACAAGGGUUUUGCCACCAAGUACUAAGUCAUGUUUUGCAGAGGGGUCAAAUACUUAUUUCCCUCAUUAAAAUGCAAAUCAAUUCAUAACAUUUUUUACAUGCGUUUUUCGGGAUUCUUUUGUUGUUAUUCUGUCUCUCACUGUUCAAAUAAACCUACUAUUAAAAUUAUAGACUGAUCAUUUCUUUGUCAGUGGGCAAACGUACAAAAUCAGCAGGGGAUCAAAUACUUUUUUCCCUCACUGUAUAUAGGUCACAUGUUGCCAUUUUUUAACAUUUUAAACUACUGUCAACAUAGCUUUUAAAGUUUAAACAAUCAAGAUGAAAUCUAGACAGAUUAAAACACAUUAAUAAACUAACAACAGUUACAACAUUUCAUUGAUUUCAUAGAAAUAUCCAGAGUAAUGGCAGGAAUGUCUGUGUUGUUUGAAUGUUUGAACAUUAAGCAAACAUCUUAACAUUAAUAACCUAUAGGUAAGCCUACAGUUUGUUCACCAUUUUUACUGAGAGAGCCUAGCCCACACUUCCUUCUGUAUUUCCAUGUGCCUAGAAGUCACCGGUUUAGGGGGAUCAAUGUGUUCCAAGAUGUCCUCAAAUGGAUACCACAGGAUAUCAUCAAGAAGUGGCCAGAAGUACCUAUUUGGUCCAGCACAGCACAUGCAUUUGACCUGCACAUGGGAUUCAUCUGUGGCUAGAAUUAUUCCGGGAUAGAAAUCGUCAUCAUAUUUGGCCACGCACCAUUUCCCGCAUAUGUCUUUUGACCUCUCUUAUCUAGAUCUCCUAUUCCUUUCUUCUUUCCUGCUAAAACAUAUUUUGUCCAUCUCAUGCGUUCACUCCUGAGGUACUUUUCCCUUCGUUCUGGAUCAGCAUUUCUUCUUGCCCUGUACUCUCUUUGCCUUUCUGCUGCUGUUUUUGCCAUUGUUGAAUCUGAAAUUGUAGGUCAAGGUCAAGUCAAUGACCAGUUUACUCUCCAAAACUAAUUACUGUAUCCUUUUAAUCACUAUGUAGUAAAAUGAACGUGAACUUGCAGAUAAUACUCCUAAAUAUGUCAGUACAAACCAGUCGGCUAGUGAACAUGAACCCCUCACGCACCAGUUGCCAAGGCAGUAUACUGUAUGUCUUUUUAGACUAGUCUUCAUUUACAUUCUCUAGUCUUUUUAUGCAUUACCAAAUUAUGCUUUAAAGCAACAAAACUUUAUUUUCUGUUGAUUGUGUGUCCAUGACCACCACCACCUCGUGUCUUAAAGAUCUUACAUUUCCAGGAGAAUUACCUGACCACCGGCGCGCGGAUGUCCCUCACCUUCCUCUCUAUGUGUGUUUCCUUUCUGCUGCAGUUUUUUCCAUUGUUGAAUCUGAAAUUGUAGGUCAAGGUCAAGUCAAUGACCUGCUUACUCUUCAAGACUAAAUAUUGUAUCCUUUUAAUCACUAUGUAGUAAAAUGAACAUGAACUUGCAGAUAAUACUCCUAAAUAUGUCAAUGUCUAUAGGAGAGAGAACAAAUUAAUUGUCACUUUUUUAAAGUUAUUAUUUUCAAAAAUUCCUCGUACUUUUAGUUGAUACUGUAAAACCGUAAACAACAAACAUUCAACAAGAAAAUAUGAUUGGUAUUAAGCAAUAUACAUUAAAUAUUGCUAAGAUUUAACAGCUAUUCAACCCUGUAACAGCCAUUCAACCCCGUAACAUUGAAAAAUGUGAUGGGGUUGAAUGUGACAGGGUUGAAGAUUUUGUGCUAAUCUGUUGCUAAUUCGGGAUGCUAGCAGCUAGCAUUGUGCCACAUGGCCUUAUUCAACAAAAUACAUUGUUAUACUUCAUAGCUAUAAAAACAAUUCUUGGUAAAAUCUUAACUAUGAAUUCCCCCCCCCCCCAACAGAGUUGAAUACCUGAGAUUGACAAAGCCCAUAUGUGCUUAAAAAACAUGAAAUAUUUAUAAAAAGUGAGAGAGCAGCUUACCACUUGUCACACCAGGCUUCUCUGAAGACUUGUAUGAUGUCACUUCCUCAUAAAUGAUGUCCACAGGAUCAAACCAUUAUUUAAUUGUGAGUGGGGGUAUUGUUGCGUUACGGGGUUGAAAGAAAUACAAGGACAGGGGUAAAAGCCUGAAUUUCUCAGAAAAUAAAAUGUCUUAUGCUGAGAAAAUGGAUUAUGCAUAAUAAGGGGGCAUAUACAAUUAAUUUAACAAAAAAAAAGCAUUAUUAUUUAACACUGUGUACUCAAAAUGAGUCACGCCAUUUGCAUGAUGGUCAAUAGGGACAGGCGAAAUUCUUAAUACUCCUAAGAAAAGCAAACAUAUAAGUAUUGAAAUUCAUCUCUGUUUAAAAUCAUAUUCUCUACUCCAUAUUAAAAACAUGUAAAACUUUGAAAUGUUGUAAUUUAAGUGUAGUUUGAUAAAUGUUCUGACAAGUUAUAACACUAGUACAUCUUGGGACACUGACAAUACUGAAAUGUCACCGAAUCUGUAGAAUGACCCUACUACAUGAUUCCACAUGUGUUAUUUCAUAGUUUUGAUGUCAUCACUAUUAUUCUACAAUGUAGAAAAUAGUUUAAAAUAAAGAAAAACCCUGGAAUGAGUAAGUGUGUGUGUGUGUGUGUGUGUGUGUGUAGGGAGCAUGAGGAGUUGUCAGCGGUUUGUGUGUACAGUCUGGCUGACAUCAGCAAAGUGAUGGACGGACCUUUCAAAGAACUGAAGAAGACCUGUGAGAAUUGGAUCAACCCAGAACCCGUACCUACACCCAGACCAGGACAGGUAAUGUCUAGAACACAAAACCUAGAACCUGCACAGUCUAUAACAUAACCUAGAACCAGCAUAAUCUAGAACAUAGCGCCUAGAACCAGUAGCAACACCUAGACCAGGACCAGGUACAGCAUAGAACAUAACGACACCUAAAACCUGAAACUACAGGUAGAACCUGUACCUACACCCAGAACAGGUAGGGGUAAGGUCUACAACAUGACAUCUAGAACCCAUACCUACACCUAGAACUAGUACCUACACUAGACCAGGGCAGACAGUCUAGAACCCUUACAUUUUAAUCUGGACCUCAAAGCCAGUUCCACUGCUUUUGUUCAUUCUUCCCUUCUAAUCAUGGACUAAUUUAGACCUGGGACACCAGGUGGGUGCAAUUCAUUAUCGUGUAGAACAGAGAAAAAGCAGUAGUCGGGACCUUGUAAGGUAAAAUUUGAAUACCCCUGGUCUAUAACAUAACACCUAGAACCUGUAACUACACCUAGACCAAUCAGUUACCUGCCUAGUUAAAUAGUACAAUAAAGUAGGUCAAUAAGUGAAAUCAUUGUUUUGAUGUAUGUAUAUCUCAUUUUUGCUGCACAAUAAUUGCCAUUCAGGAACAAUACAGAUCUAUUAAAUUGAAUUGAAAUUAAAUGAAAUAAAAAAAAAUACAUUGAGUUGAAUUGAUAAAAACUGUAUAAAAAAAUUGGAGUCAUCGUCUCUCAAGCAGCCACACACACACACUGACUAAUUAAAUUAUUGUUUGUUUUCUCAUCCACCAGUGUCUAAACAGUGCUCUGAGAGCGAAGGGCUUCGAAUCUUCUCUCAAACUGCCUGACAAGGUAAUAUAUUAUAUAAUAUAUCAUGUAUAAUAACAUAAUAUAAUAUAUUAUAAUUAUUAUUUUGUUUAUUUGAAUAGGGACAAGUACAAACACAUUGACACAUUGAACAAACAAUCAUGUGAUGCAUUACACUAGUGUUUCCAUCUUAAACAUGUUUUCGAUAUUCAUUUACAUGAAUAAAAUAUAAUAUAUAAUCAUGUAUUGUAAUAUAUAUAUAUAUAUAUAUAUAUAUACACACACAGUGAGGGGAAAAAAGUAUUUCAUCACCUGCUGAUUUUGUACGUUUGGCCACUGACAAAGACAUGAUCAGUCUAUAAUUUUAAUGGUAGGUUUAUUUGAACAGUGAGAGACAGAAUAACAACAAAAUAAUCCAGAAAAACGCAUGUCAAAAAUGUUAUAAAUUGAUUUGCAUUUUAGUGAGGGAAAUAAGUAUUUGACCCCUCUGCAAAACAUGACUUAGUACUUGGUGGAUCUUCUCCAAGUCAUUAAGGUUUCGAGGCUGACGUUUGGCAACUCGAACCUUCAGCUCCCUCCACAGAUUUUCUAUGGGAUUAAGGUCUGGAGACUGGCUAGGCCACUCCAGGACCUUAAUGUGCUUCUUCUUGAGCCACUCUUUUGUUGCCUUGGCCAUGUGUUUUGGGUCAUUGUCAUGCUGGAAUACCCAUCCACGACCCAUUUUCAAUGCCCUGGCUGAGGGAAGGAGGUUCUCACCCAAGAUUUGACGGUACAUGGCCCCGUCCAUCGUCCCUUUGAUGCAGUGAAGUUCCUCCUCCUCCAAACACGUCGAGUUGAGUUGAUGCCAAAGAGCUCGAUUUUGGUCUCAUCUGACCACAACACUUUCACCCAGUUCUCCUCUGAAUCAUUCAGAUGUUCAUUGGCAAACUUCAGACGGCCCUGUAUAUGUGCUUUCUUGAGCAGGGGGGGCUGCAGGAUUUCAGUCCUUCACGGCGUAGUGUGUUACCAAUUGUUUUCUUGGUGACUAUGGUCCCAGCUGCCUUGAGAUCAUUGACAAGAUCCUGCCAUGUAGUUCUGGGCUGAUUCCUCACCGUUCUCAUGAUCAUUGCAACUCCACGAGGUGAGAUCUUGCAUGGAGCCCCAGGCCGAGGGAGAUUGACAGUUAUUUUGUGUUUCUUCAAUUUGCGAAUAAUCGCACCAACUGUUGUCACCUUCUCACCAAGCUGCUUGGCGAUGGUCUUGUAGCCCAUUCCAGCCUUGUGUAGGUCUACAAUUUUGUCCCUGACAUCCUUGGAGAGCUCUUUGGUCUUGGCCAUGGUGGAGAGUUUGGAAUCUGAUUGAUUGAUUGCUUCUGUGGACAGGUGUCUUUUAUACAGGUAACAAGCUGAGAUUAGGAGCACUCCCUUUAAGAGUGUGCUCCUAAUCUCAGCUCGUUACCUGUAUAAAAGACACCUGGGAGCCAGAAAUCUUUCGGAUUUAGAGGAGGUCAAAUACUUAUUUACCUCAUUAAAAUGCUAAUCAAUUUAUAACAUUUUUGACAUGCGUUUUUCUGGAUUUUUGUGUUGUUAUUAUGUCUCUCACUGUUCAAAUAAAUCUACCAUUAAAAUUAUAGACUGAUCAUUUCUUUGUCAGUUGGCAAACGUACAAAAUCAGCAGGGGAUCAAAUACUUUUUUCCCUCACUGUACAUAAGAUAUACAUUAGAUAGAUGAUAUACAUAAAACAUCCUUACAUCUGGAGCCAGAGUAGGGCAACAACAACAGAGAGAAUGCCAAGAGUGUGCAAAGCUGUCAUCAAGGCAAAGGGUGGCUAUUUGAAGAAUCUCUAAUAUAAAACAUAUUUUGAUUUGUUUAACACUUGUUUGGUUACGACAUAAUUCCAUAUGUGUUAAUUCAUAGUUUUGAUGUCUUCACUAUUUAUUCUACAAUGUAGAAAAUAGUAAAAAUAAAGAAAAACCCUUGAAUGAGUAGGUGUUCUAAAACUUUUGACCGGUAGUGUGUAUAUAUACAGUGGGGAAAAAAAGUAUUUAGUCAGCCACAAAUUGUGCAAGUUCUCCCACUUAAAAAGAUGAGAGAGGCCUGUAAUUUUCAUCAUAGGUACACGUCAACUAUGACAGACAAAUUGAGAAAAAAAAAUCCAGAAAAUCACAUUGUAGGAUUUUUAAUGAAUUUAUUUGCAAAUUAUGGUAGAAAAUAAGUAUUUGGUCACCUACAAACAAGCAAGAUUUCUGGCUCUCACAGACCUGUAACUUCUUCUUUAAGAGGCUCCUCUGUCCUCCACUCGUUACCUGUAUUAAUGGCACCUGUUUGAACUUGUUAUCAGUAUAAAAGACACCUGUCCACAACCUCAAACAGUCACACUCCAAACUCCACUAUGGCCAAGACCAAAGAGCUGUCAAAGGACACCAGAAACAAAAUUGUAGACCUGCACCAGGCUGGGAAGACUGAAUCUGCAAUAGGUAAGCAGCUUGGUUUGAAGAAAUCAACUGUGGGAGCAAUUAUUAGGAAAUGGAAGACAUACAAGACUACUGAUAAUCUCCCUCGAUCUGGGGCUCCACGCAAGAUCUCACCCCGUGGGGUCAAAAUGAUCACAAGAACGGUGAGCAAAAAUCCCAGAACCACACGGGGGACCUAGUGAAUGACCUGCAGAGAGCUGGGACCAAAGUAUCAAAGCCUAUCCAUCAGUAACACACUACGCCGCCAGGGACUCAAAUCCUGCAGUGCCAGACGUGUCCCCCUACUUAGGAGAGUACAUGUCCAGGCCCGUCUGAAGUUUGCUAGAGUGCAUUUGGAUGAUCCAGAAGAGGAUUGGGAGAAUGUCAUAUGGUCAGAUGAAACCAAAAUAUAACUUUUUGGUAAAAACUCAACUCGUUGUGUUUGGAGGACAGAGAAUGCUGAGUUGCAUCCAAAGAACACCAUACCUACUGUGAAGCAUGGGGGUGGAAACAUCAUGCUUUGGGGCUGUUUUUCUGCAAAGGGACCAGGACGACUGAUCCGUGUAAAGGAAAGAAUGAAUGGGGCCAUGUAUCGUGAGAUUUUGAGUGAAAACCUCCUUCCAUCAGCAAGGGCAUUGAAGAUGAAACGUGGCUGGGUCUUUCAGCAUGACAAUGAUCCCAAACACACCGCCCGGGCAACGAAGGAGUGGCUUCGUAAGAAGCAUUUCAAGGUCCUGGAGUGGCCUAGCCAGUCUCCAGAUCUCAACCCCAUAGAAAAUCUUUGGAGGGAGUUGAAAGUCUGUGUUGCCCAGCGACAGCCCCAAAACAUCACUGCUCUAGAGGAGAUCUGCAUGGAGGAAUGGGCCAAAAUACCAGCAACAGUGUGUGAAAACCUUGUGAAGACUUACAGAAAACGUUUGACCUGUGUCAUUGCCAACAAAGGGUAUAUAACAAAGUAUUGAGAAACUUUUGUUAUUGACCAAAUACUUAUGUUCCACCAUAAUUUGCAAAUAAAUUCAUAAAAAAUCCUACAAUGUGAUUUUCUGGAUUAUUUUUUCCUAAUUUUGUCUGUCAUAGUUGACGUGUACCUAUGAUGAAAAUUACAGGCCUCUCUCAUCUUUUUAAGUGGGAGAACUUGCACAAUUGGUGGCUGACUAAAUACUUUUUUUCCCCACUGUAUAUAUAUCUAUGCCUCAAGGUGUUGACGUUUAUGAGAGACCACCCUCUGAUGGAGAACAGUGUGAUCGCAGCGCCCCUACUGGUGAGGAGGGGAAUCACAUACACUAAAGUAGCUGUUACCAGGACGACCACAGGGUCGGAUGACGACCAGAGCAACGCAGCCACCGUGUUGCACCUCGGCACAGGUAAGAGGGGAGGGAUAGAAGGGUGGUGGAGGGAUAGUGGAGGGAGAUGUGAGGAGAGAGACAGAGAGAAAGGGGAUUCAAGGGUGGAGGAGUGGAGGGGUGGCUGAGGGGUGGUUAAGGGGGAGAAAGUAGUGUUGGUGGGGUAACUUGGAAGGAGGGAUGGUAAAGUGAGAGAAAGGAAGACUUCUGGGAGGAGAAAUGAGGGAUCUGGUAAAGACUUAAAGGAGGAAUGAAUGUGAGAAAGAUACAUUUAAAUGAGAGUGUGCUUUAAACCUUGUUAACGUGAGUGUGUGUCGCUCUCUCUCUGUGUGUGUGUGUGUGUGUGUGUGUGUGUGUGUGUGUGUGUGUGUAUGUAUGUCUAACCUACAGACCGUGGGGAGCUCCAUAGAGUAGCGGUGGUAGGACAGAACACUACCUUACUACAGGAGAUCUCUCUCUUCACUGCACAGGAACCUGUCAACAACAUACUGCUGCACAAGGUAACACACACACACACACACACACACACACACACACACACACACACACACACACACACACACACACACACACACACACACACACACACACACACACACACACACACACACACACACACACACACACACACACACACACACACAGAGAGAGACAUGUGGUCCUCUGUAGCUCAGCUGGUAGAGUACGGCGCUUGUAACGCCAAGGUAGUGGGUUCGAUCCCCGGGACCACCCAUACACAAAAAUGUAUGCACGCAUGACUGUAAGUCGCUUUGGAUAAAAGCGUCUGCUAAAUGGCAUAUUAUUAUUAUUAUACACACGGAGACACAGAAAUAUUUACACACAAAUACACAUGUACACACAUGCCGCACGCGCCAAACACAGAAGAAUUUACACACUCGUACACACACACACGCAGGCAUACACACAAGUACACACCAAAACAGUUACACACACCUUUUGUUAGGCCCAAAUAAUGUCGUUACAUUAGGACAUUGCCAUUGCAGUGUACUUACACUUUCAGAGUGAUAAUAGUUACACUUUGAUGUUUGUGUUACUACACAUUGACAUUAUUACAUCUUCUCUCUCUCUCGCUCUCUUUUUCUACCCCACCCCCUCCCGUUAUCUCUCCCCUCCCUAGGGCCAGGCUCUGGUGGGUACCCAACUGUCCCUGGCCCGUGUGGGGGCGGAGGGGUGCAGCCUAUACUCUUCCUGUGAGGAGUGUGCCCGGGCGAGACCCCUGGGGUGUGUGUGGAGGGUCAAAGAGGGAGCUUGCAGUCCCAGCAUGACAGGGUGCGUAAUACACACACUCUAUUACAAAAGUAUUUUCACACACACACACAAACACAUUCACAGACUUCAUACAUACUGUACAUACACACACACACACACAGUAUUGUAUAACUAACCUUGUGGGGACACACAAUUCAUUCCCAUUCAAAAUCCUAUUUUCCCUCAACCUAACCCUAACCCUAACCUUAACCCCAAAACCUAACCUUAACCCUAUACCUAAAACUAGCUCCUAAUCCUAAACCUAAUCCUAACAAUAAUUCUAACCUUAACCCUAAACCCCAUAGAAAUAGCAUUUGACCUUGUAUGCACUAAAAAAAAAAUGUGUUUACUAUUCUUGUGGGGACACAAGUAUAGUUAAAAACACAUGCGCACACACACACACACAUUGGGUUUCUGGCUGAACUAACUGUGUGUGUGUGUGUGUGUGUGUGUGUGUGUUGCAGUCCUAUCCAGGGAGAGGAGGUAGAGGAUGCUCUGAGGCUGUGUGAAAGUGGAGAAGGUGAGUUAACUACUUGUUAAUCAAUGAGAAAUACCAUCUAUACAUGUACAUUACAGCAAAGAGUUUCCAGGCUAUAGCUGCAAUUGAAAUCCAUAAAAAACACAGUAAUAUAUAUUUUUUACUCCCACCUCCCCCUCUCUCUUCCCCUCCCCCUUGCCUCCCACUCCUCCCCUCUCUCUCCCCCUCCCUCUCUCCUCCUCCCCCCUUCCUCUAUCCCUCCCUCUCCUCUCCCCUCCACUACCCCCCCCCCCCCCCCCCCCCCCCACCUCCAGGUCGUUGCUCCCCUGCCCAGAGGGUACUGCUUGUCUCAGUGGGUCUCCGUGUCCUUCUCCCCUGUGUCCAGGUGUCACCACAUCCCUGUACCUGGGUACACCCACCACACAGGUGAUGCUUAGUAAUAAUAUGAAUAAUAACAAUAAUAAUAACAACAACAACAAUAAUAAUAUCUCUCAAUGCUUGCAAUGUUUUUCUUCAAGACACACCCGUCAGCACCACUCUGACCUGGAAGUCACCGUCACAGCGGAGAGCCUGGGGACAUACACCUGUCUGUGUCAGGUAGGCUGAACACACACACACACACACACAUACACAUAUGCAAGCACUCUUUGCUGCUCCCAAAAUGUAUCUUUAAUAAAUCUCUCUCUCUCCAUCCUGUCCCUUUCUCUUGCCUCUGUCCCCCUAAUCCUCUAUCCCCCCUACCCGCCUCUCUCCCCCCACCAGGAGGGUGCUUCAGGGGGUAAAGAGGAGAGUCCUCCCUGUAGUAGAGCCUCCUACCAGCUCACCCUGGAGGGCCCAAGCACCGGGGGGGCUGUGGCGUUGGCCGGAGGGCGCCACAUACUGGUCGUCUACAUCCUCUGCUUCAGGUAGGAUAAACACACGCACACACGUAUGAAAACACAUACAGACAUGCACAUAUGGACAAAUGCGUGGAUACACACGUACACAUGCACGUACGUAUGCACACACGCAUCCAAAUGUUAAUAAACCUUUCUCUCCCUCUUCCUCUCCUCCCUCCCCCCUCUCUCCCCCCAUUCUCCCCCUCUUUCCCCCAGCCUGGGUGUCACCCUCGGAGGCUUCCUCCUUUACGUCCUGUCCCGCCGCCGCGGGAUUAGCCAGCGCCACCCUGACCAUUCCCUCUCCUCGGAGAAGGGACGGGACUUGCUUGACUCCUCGGCGACGCCUCAAUCUCCUAGCAGCGCCAGUUUGUUGUCCGAGGGUUUCCCGCUAACGGAGAAGAGAAUGGGGAACGGUACGCUGCUCCUCACACACCACCACAAUAACGGCAACAGUCACCAUGGCAACUACGGCGGCGGCAGUGGCUACGGCGGUAACCGUGGCAACGCGGGCUACGCUAACACCGAUCCAUUAAACACGCCGGUGAUGUCAGCGACGUCGACCGUGGCGGAGGGGCUAAAGCUUCACGUUCAGGAGACUGUGGCGGACGAGAAGAGGGGGGGAGAUAGGGAAAGGGGGAGGCCGGAGGGAGGAGAGGGAGGAGGAGAGGGGGAUGAGGAGGACGAGGGGCUAGGGGAGGGGUUGGGGGGACUGGAGGAGGAGCUAGCAGGGUUUGUGUUGUUUAAGUUACCAGCACCAUUAGCCCAGUGUGAGGAGAGUUCUAUCUGA